AUGAUAACAGAGGCUCUAGUAGCGCAGCGCGACCUUGGGCCUAGUAGGGCACGUCGAGCUGGAUCGAGCAUAGGCAUAGGGUUGGGUAAGAGUCUUCCAGAACUUAUGAGCAACGAUAGCAGGGACUCUCAUACUGGAUCUCUCGCAAGUAAUUUUCAGCUCCUUCAAUUGGAAAGGGAAGAUUUUCAUAAAACGGUAGACUGCGCAGGAUUUGCUCUAAAUGAAAUUAAGGUGUUCGUGGAAGACGGAUUAAUUGAAGUUAAGGCCAUUCACGACGAAGUGCAAGAUGAGCACGGUAAUGUCUAUAAAAAUUUGCCGGAGACGUUUCCCGUCUCUGAAACCUACAACUUUAAUGGUGCUAAGAUAACCUUAAGCUUGGAUGGUGCAUUAACUGUGUAUAUUCCUUGUAAGAAUAAGCCAUUCGUUGAUACAAACUAUACUACCAACAACCCAUCCAACAAUGAACCGACUGAAGAAAACUAA